GCCCCCAACUUCUUUAGUCCUCAGGUCCGACCCGCCGCUUUUCCUGAGCCGCUACCUUCUCGACCUUCUUUUCUAUCUCUUUGUCCCUUUAACUGCUUGAUGGAAGAGAAAAAUGGAACCUUUAAGUCAGGCAUCUCUGAGGCAUCAGCCAAUGGAAUAGGUAGUGGAGGUGGGGUCCUGCGCUCGCGCCGAAAUUCAAAGGCAAAAAUAGUUCCGCCCCGGUGCCGCGCGCGGGGCAAAUGUAGGAGCAGCUUUGGUGGCGUUCGCCUCUUAGCGCCCGAAGCCGGGCAAGACUGGCGCACUCUUCGCCCUAGAGAUUAGGAAGAGCUUCGGCGGCGCCUCAAGCCCAGGCGACCUGACGCAGCGGCGAGGCAGAACUGCUUUGUGGCUUGAUUCCUAGCAGAGAUUAACCUGUCCAAGUCAGUAGUUAAAAUGCACAUUAAGUCAAUCAUCCUUGAGGGAUUCAAAUCCUAUGCUCAGAGGACUGAAGUCAAUGGUUUUGACCCUCUGUUCAAUGCUAUCACUGGUUUAAAUGGUAGUGGAAAAUCCAACAUAUUGGACUCCAUCUGCUUUUUGCUGGGCAUCUCCAACCUGUCUCAGGUUCGGGCUUCUAACUUACAAGAUUUAGUUUACAAAAAUGGGCAAGCUGGUAUUACAAAAGCCUUGGUGUCAAUCACCUUUGAUAAUUCUGACAAAAAGCAGAGUCCUUUAGGAUUUGAGGUUCAUGAUGAAAUUACAGUAACAAGGCAGGUAGUUAUUGGUGGCAGAAAUAAAUAUUUAAUCAAUGGAGUAAAUGCAAACAAUACCAGAGUAUACGAUCUCUUCUGUUCUGUUGGUCUUAAUGUUAACAACCCUCACUUUCUCAUCAUGCAGGGCAGAAUUACAAAAGUGAUGAAUAUGAAACCUCCAGAGAUUUUGUCCAUGAUAGAAGAAGCAGCUGGAACCAGGAUGUAUGAAUACAAAAAACAAAAUGCUCAGAGGACUAUAGAAAAAAAGGAGGCUAAGCUGAGAGAAAUUAAGACGAUACUUGAAGAAGAAAUUACUCCAACCAUUCAAAAAUUAAAAGAGGAAAGAUCUUCCUACUUGGAGUACCAAAAGCUAUUGAGAGAAAUAGAACAUCUGAGUCGUUUAUAUAUAGCUUAUCAGUUUUUGCUGGCUGAAGAUACUAAAGAACGCUCAGCUGAGGCAUUAAAAGAAAUGCAGGAUAAAAUUAUGAAGCUUCAAGAAGAAGUGUCUGAGAAUGAUAAAAAAAUAAAAGCACUUAGUCAUGAAAUAGAAGAGUUGGAAAAAAGAAAAGAUAAGGAAGUUGGAGGUAUACUUCGAUCCUUAGAAGAUGCUCUUACAGAAGCUCAGCGAGUUAAUACUAAAUCUCAAAGUGCCUUUGAUUUCAAGAAGAAGAAUCUGGCAAGUGAAGAGAACAAACGGAAAGAACUGGAGAAAAAUAUGGCAGAGGAUUCUAAAACUUUAGCAGCAAAGGAAAAAGAGGUUAAAAAAAUAACAGAUGGACUAAGUGCCCUUCAAGAAGCAAGUAAUAGAGACGCUGAAGCUUUGGCCACUGCACAGCAGCACUUUAAUGCCGUUUCCGCUGGUCUGUCCAGCAGUGAAGACGGAGCAGAAGCAACUCUUGCUGGUCAGAUGAUGGCCUGUAAAAAUGACAUAAGUAAAACUCAGACAGAAGCCAAACAGGCUCAGAUGAAGUUGAAACAUGCCCAGCAAGAAUUAAAGACUAAACAAACAGAAAUUAAGAAGAUGGAUAGUGGCUAUAGGAAAGAUCAAGAAGCAUUAGAAGCUGUGAAAAAACUUAAAGAGAAACUUGAAACUGAAAUGAAAAGGCUAAAUUAUGAAGAAAACAAGGAGGAAAGCCUUCUGGAAAGGCACAGGCAGCUAUCUCGUGAUAUCAGUAGAUUGAAAGAAACGGAUGAAGCUCUCUUGGCCAGAUUUCCCAAUCUGCGGUUUGCCUAUAGGGAUCCAGAGAAGAACUGGAAUAGAAAUUGUGUGAAAGGACUUGUAGCUUCACUGAUCAGUGUCAAAGAUACUUCUGCAACCACUGCUUUAGAAUUAGUGGCUGGGGACCGACUGUACAAUGUUGUAGUAGACACAGAGGUUACUGGAAAAAAGCUACUAGAAAAGGGGGAGUUGAAGCGUCGAUAUACUAUAAUUCCACUCAAUAAAAUUUCAUCCAGAUGUAUUGCUCCAGAAACUCUGAGGAUUGCUCAGAAUCUUGUUGGCCCUAAUAAUGUUCAUGUGGCUCUUUCCCUGGUUGAAUACAAACCAGAACUUCAGAAAGCAAUGGAAUUUGUCUUUGGAAUGACAUUUGUUUGUGACAAUAUGGAUAAUGCAAAAAAAGUAGCUUUUGAUAAAAGGAUAAUGACUAGAACUGUAACUCUAGGAGGUGAUGUGUUUGAUCCUCACGGGACGUUGAGUGGAGGUGCUCGAUCCCAGGCAACUUCCAUUUUAAUGAAGUUUCAAGAACUCAAAGCUGUUCAAGAUGAACUCAGAACCAAGGAGAAUGAGCUACAGGCUCUAGAAGAGGAAUUAGCCAAUCUUAAAAACACUGCUGAAAAGUAUCGCCACCUAAAACAGCAGUGGGAGAUGAAGGCUGAGGAGGUAGAUUUAUUACAAACCAAGCUUCAGCAAAGCUCCUAUCACAAGCAGCAGGAAGAACUAGAUGCUCUUAAAAAAAUCAUUGAGGAAAGUGAGGAGACCUUAAAAAACACCAAAGAAAUUCAGAAAAAAGCUGAAGAAAAAUAUGAGGUGUUGGAGAAUAAAAUGAAAAAUGCAGAAGCUGAAAGAGAGAGAGAACUGAAGGAUGCCCAGAAAAAACUAGAUUGCGCCAAAACUAAAGCAGAUGCUUCUAGCAAGAAAAUGAAAGAGAAACAACAGGAAGUUGAAGCUAUCACCCUGGAGCUGGAGGAGCUCAGGAGAGAGCAUGCAUCCUAUCAACAACAGCUUGAAGCUGUAAAGGAAGCUAUCAUAUCCUACGAGGGCCAGAUUGCAGUAAUGGCCUCUGAGGUGGCUAAAAAUGAGGAGUUGGUCAAUAAAGCUCAAGAAGAGGUGACCAAGCAAAAAGAAGUGAUAACAGCCCAAGACAACAUAGUUAAAGCUAAAUAUGCACAAGUAGCAAAACACAAGGAGCAAAACAAUGAAUCUCAGCUUAAAAUUAAGGAACUGGACCACAACAUCAGCAAACACAAACGGGACGCCGAAGAUGCUGCUGCCAAGGUGUCCAAAAUGUUGAAGGACUAUGACUGGAUUACUGUAGAAAAACACCUCUUUGGGCAACCCAAUAGCACCUAUGAUUUCAAAGCUAACAACCCAAAAGAAGCUGGUGAGAGACUUCACAAGUUGCAAGAAAUGAAGGAGAAACUAGGAAGAAAUGUCAACAUGAGAGCGAUGAAUGUACUGACUGAAGCUGAAGAGCGUUAUAAUGACUUGAUGAAGAAGAAAAGAAUUGUAGAAAAUGACAAAUCCAAAAUCCUGGCAACUAUAGAAGACCUGGACCAGAAGAAAAACCAAGCCAUAAAUAUUGCUUGGCAAAAGGUGAACAAGGACUUUGGGUCUAUUUUUUCUACUCUUUUGCCUGGUGCUAAUGCUAUGCUUGCACCACCAGAAGGGCAGACUGUGCUGGAUGGUCUGGAGUUUAAGGUUGCCUUAGGAAAUACUUGGAAAGAAAACCUAACUGAACUUAGUGGUGGUCAGAGGUCUUUAGUGGCUCUGUCAUUAAUCCUGUCCAUGCUGCUUUUCAAACCUGCCCCGAUCUACAUCCUGGACGAGGUCGAUGCAGCCCUGGAUCUUUCUCAUACUCAGAAUAUUGGACAUAUGCUGCGUACUCAUUUCACACAUUCUCAGUUCAUUGUGGUAUCCCUAAAAGAAGGUAUGUUCAACAACGCAAACGUCCUUUUCAAAACCAAGUUUGUGGAUGGUGUUUCUACAGUAGCCAGAUUUACUCAGUGUCAAAACGGAAAAGUUCCAAAGGAAAAUGAAUCCAAGGCAAAAAGACCCAAAUGAUCACAUAUGGAAGUUAAAAGUAAAGAUUCACUCCUUCACCUUGACCUGUUUUUUAAAUAUACACUUUAUAAGAACUUGGGAUUCAUGUUGUUUAUAUAAAAAUUUAAUAUUGUUACCUAGCCCAUUUUCUCUUCCUUAUAUAAUCACUUAUAACAGCAUAAAUUCCUCUUUUCUGAAUCAGUGUUAACUAUGGUCCAAUUACUAUAAUUGUGAUUUUAUGUAUGUCACCAAAUGUUUUUUCUUACACAAGUCUUUUCUAUAUUAGGGAGCCUGAGAUACAUAGUUGGUGGUAAAUUUUGUAUGUAAGAGCAAAAUUACCAAGCAGCAGAUGAAAUUAAAUUAUAGAAUAAAUAUAGCUGAUAUCAGCUUUUAAUAAUUAGCCAAUUCCUGAGGUAAUAUUAGUGUUUUCUGUCGCUAAUAAUGUCAUUCAGGUGAGGAAGAAUCCUAUAGCACGUGGCUGGACCAAGAGAGGGAACACAGAGAAAGCUGUGAGGCAUGCACUGAGCUGUUUGUGUUUAGUUCCUUGAGGACAGUGCCAGGUCUCUGAUUUAGACUCAAAUAGAAAGCAGAUCUUAAACAGAUUCCUGUUACUUUAAUGAUGUUUGAAUAUCAUAUUAUGCUUAGUAAUUGGUCUGUGCAGUCUUUUUAUGAGUAUUUUAAUAAGAGCUUGGGAGAAACGUAUCCUCUGCAUGCUGUUCUCUGAUGCAGGUUUAUCUGAAGUCUCCUAAUUUGGUCAGAGAUUUUGUUAGCCUUUUCAUAAUCCAAUCAAUAACAGUCUAUUGGUGAGUGAGAAUAUAGGAGCCAGCGGACUAAACCAAAUUAAUCUUUUUCUUUUAGUCAGAUACAUAUAUAAAUAAAUAGAUUUCAUCUGUUCUACCAAAAGGACUCAAAAUUUGAUGUCUAUUUCUUAGUGUCCUCUGUUUUCCAAUUCAAAACGAUUAAUUUCCUUUUAAGAUUUCAAAAGAUGGCGCUAACAAACAGCAUAAGAAUACCAUUGAUAAGAUUCUUAGUACCUCUCAGUAUAUCCCUAGAACCAUGUCUUCCAAACUCCACAUCUUGAAAGUUCUGACAUGGUUUAACCUGACCUCAGGCAUGUUAUUUUGGCCCCACAUUUCUUCUUACUGCUUGAGUUUUUGGUAUUCUUUUCCUAGUAUAGGCUCAGACUUCCUGGCCUUGGGUUUAAUAUUUUCUCAUCCUUCAUCCUCAUACAUAGCUGAGGAUGUCAGGUAACACCCAGGUAACUGAUACCGUGGGGCACAUUGGAAAGAUUGAAUAUGGAAUUCGUUCUGUCUUCUGUUGGAGGAGGAGACAAAGCUAUAGAUGCUGAGUUACAGGGAAGCCCAGUAUUGUAUACAGUAGUCGUAAGGAUGGUGGUGGUGGUUUAGUCACUAAGUUGUGUCCAACUGUUGUGACCCCAUGAACUGUAGCCCAUCAGUUUCAUGAGAUUUCUUUCCAAAUGUAUUGCAAAUUGUUUGCCAAAAAGAAUUAAUUCACACUGUCGUCAAUAUAGUAUACCUGUUGACUCCAACCUGGUCAGCAGUGGCUGUUAAUUAUAAUGCUUCUAAUUUACUAGUUAUAAAAUGAUAUUUAAUUUCUAUAUUAUAAUUUUGUAAGUAAUUUGUAGGAUUGACUAUUUUACCAUAUGUGCUAAUUUUCUUUCCUCUGCCAACAAAUUUUCUAUUUGUUUGCUUUUGCAACUUUUGUCUAUGUAUAUAAUCUUGGUUUUUGAUGGAAAUUCUCUAAUGUAUUAAACUUUUGUGAGUAA